ACGGUGGCAAAGCGAGUACCGUCUAGAUUAAAAUUUACGACUACACCAUGGUUUCCACGUCGAUUCCGUGUUUGUGGAUUACAUUUUGCCUUCAUUUAUGUUCUUAUGUAGACACUGGGAAAGCACAGAAUGCGAAGGAAGUGAUUCUGCUGGACUCCAAGGCACAGCAGACAGAACUGGAGUGGAUCUCCUAUCCUCCCAAUGGGUGGGAAGAGAUUAGCGGGUUGGAUGAAAACUACACACCAAUUCGCACAUACCAGGUUUGCCAGGUUAUGGAGCCCAAUCAGAAUAACUGGCUUCGGACUAACUGGAUAGAGAAGGGCGAUGCCCAGAGGAUUUUUGUGGAACUGAAGUUCACCUUGAGGGAUUGUAACAGUCUACCUGGUGUGGUAGGGACUUGCAAGGAGACGUUCAACUUGUAUUACCAGGAAACUGAUUCGGAGGUUGGCAGGAAUUUACGAGAGAGCCAGUAUGUGAAAAUUGACACAAUUGCGGCAGAUGAAAGCUUCACCCAGGGAGAUCUGGGUGAGAGGAAGAUGAAGCUGAAUACAGAAGUGCGCAUAAUUGGCCCCCUGUCCAGGCGGGGCUUUUACCUGGCCUUCCAGGAUGUGGGGGCGUGCAUCGCCCUGGUCUCUGUCAAAGUUUAUUACAAGAAGUGUUGGUCUAUCAUUGAGAACCUGGCCACAUUCCCAGACACGGUGACGGGAUCAGAGUUCUCUUCGCUGGUCGAGGUCGAGGGCAUGUGUGUAAGCGAUGCCGAGGAGGAGGCCGAUAACUCUCCCAAGAUGCACUGCAGCGCCGAAGGGGAAUGGCUCGUGCCAAUUGGGAAAUGUAUAUGCAAAGCAGGAUUUCAUCAGAAGGGAGAUGCAUGUGAACCGUGCGGUCGUGGUUUCUACAAGUCUUCGUCCCAGGACCUUCAGUGCUCUCGCUGCCCGGCGCACAGCUUCAACGACCACGAGGGCUCGUGGCGCUGCGACUGCGAGGACGGCUACUACCGAGCCCUCUCCGACCCGCCGUCUGUGGCCUGCACGAGACCUCCCUCGGCGCCGCAGAACCUGGUCUACAACAUCAACCAGACCACCGUGAGCUUGGAGUGGAGCCCGCCGGCCGACACGGGCGGCCGCAACGACGUCACCUACAGGAUUAUAUGCCGGCGGUGCAGCUGGGAACCGGAGGAGUGCGUGCCUUGCGGGGGGAACGUGGGAUACUCCCCGCAGCAAUCUGGAUUAGUGGACACCUACGUGACGGUCGUGGACCUGCUCGCCCACGCCAACUACACGUUCGAGGUGGAGGCCGUCAACGGGGUGUCCGACCUGAGCCGCACGCAGAGGCUCUUCGCGGCGGUCAGCAUCGCGACCGGUCAAGCAGCUCCGUCCCAGGUCAGCGAGGUCAUCAAGGAGAAAGUGCAGCAGCGCAGCAUCCAGCUCUCCUGGCAGGAGCCGCAGCAGCCCAACGGUGUCAUCACAGAAUAUGAAAUCAAAUACUACGAAAAAGACCAGAAGGACCGCAUCUACUCCACGGUGAAGUCCAGGUCCACCUCGGCCACCGUGAGCAACCUGAAGCCCAGCACGGCCUACGUCUUCCAGAUCAGGGCCUUCACGGCAGCAGGUUACGGCACCUACGGGCCCAGAUUAGAGAUUACCACCAAGGAGGAGGCCACAGCCGCGAUUGUCUCCAGCGAGCAGAACCCCGUCAUCAUCAUUGCGGUGGUGGCCGUGGCGGGGACCAUCAUCCUGGUGUUCAUGGUGUUCGGCUUCAUCAUCGGGAGAAGGCACUGCGGGUACAGCAAGGCGGAUCAGGAGGGAGACGAGGAACUCUACUUUCAGUUUAAAUUUCCAGGCACCAAAACGUACAUUGACCCUGAAACCUAUGAGGACCCAAACAGGGCUGUCCAUCAAUUUGCCAAGGAGCUGGAUGCCUCCUGCAUUAAAAUAGAGCGGGUUAUUGGAGCAGGAGAGUUCGGGGAGGUGUGCAGCGGCCGGCUGAAGCUCCCCGGGAAGCGGGACGUGUCAGUCGCCAUCAAAACGUUAAAAGUGGGCUACACCGAGAAACAGAGGCGAGACUUCCUCUGUGAGGCCAGCAUUAUGGGUCAAUUCGACCAUCCCAAUGUCGUUCAUCUGGAGGGGGUCGUGACAAGAGGAAAACCAGUGAUGAUUGUGAUUGAAUAUAUGGAGAAUGGUUCAUUAGACGCUUUCCUCAGGAAACACGAUGGUCAAUUCACAGUCAUCCAGUUGGUCGGGAUGCUGCGGGGCAUAGCAGCGGGAAUGAGAUAUCUCUCCGAUAUGGGAUAUGUCCAUCGAGAUCUGGCCGCGCGAAACAUCCUUGUCAACAGCAAUCUCGUAUGUAAAGUGUCUGACUUCGGCCUGUCAAGGGUGAUCGACGACGAUCCUGAGGCUGUCUACACAACAACUGGGAAGAUGCAGGAUAUAAUGAAUUUGAUCUUUACUCCAGCCACUGACCUGCAUUUUACUGAACAGGGCGGAAAAAUACCCGUCCGAUGGACCGCAACAGAAGCCAUCCAGUAUCGUAAAUUCACCUCUGCAAGCGACGUGUGGAGUUAUGGCAUUGUCAUGUGGGAGGUCAUGUCCUAUGGGGAACGGCCUUACUGGGACAUGUCCAAUCAAGAUGUCAUAAAGGCGAUAGAGGAGGGCUACCGUCUUCCUGCCCCGAUGGAUUGCCCACCAGGCCUGCAUCAGCUAAUGUUGGACUGCUGGCAGAAAGACAGGGCUGAACGUCCAAAAUUUGAUCAGAUAGUUGGCAUCCUUGACAAGAUGAUCCGCAACCCCAACACCUUGAAAACUCCAGUGGGAACAUGUACAAGACCAAUUAGUCCACUGUUAGAUCAGAGCACACCAGACUUCACCGCUUUCCGCUCAGUGGGAGAGUGGCUGGAAGCCAUCAAGAUGGAGCGAUACAGAGACAACUUCACAGCAGCUGGCUACAGCUCCCUCGAAUCUGUGGCCAGAAUGUCAAUCGAGGAUGUGAUGAGCUUGGGGAUCACUCUGGUGGGCCAUCAGAAAAAGAUCAUGAGCAGCAUACAGACUAUGCGAGCCCAGAUGCUGCACCUCCACGGCACGGGGGUCCAGGUGUGACGGACGGCACGGGCCGCCUUGGACGGGGCUAAAAGAGCUACCUGGAGCAGCGCUCGGGCAGCAACCGGGAUAAUCGUCAAAGCAUACGGACAUCUGUUACGUCUGACUCUUCCGGCUGUGUCUGGAGUGAAAUCAUUCCUUUGUUCCUCAGUGAAGGAUUGUGGUCCCCCCCCCCCUCCCCCUCCCUUACAAAGGGCACUAAAGAGAGGAAAAGGGCAAAAAAUAAACUACCUGGACGAGACUUUUUUUUUUUUUUUUUUUUUUUUUUUUUUUUGUAAUUCUUUUGUGGAAG